UUUGUUGGAGAAUUUGUCGUUGACCGUCAUUGCUAAAUAGAGUGAUACGACUUGUGGCAUGUAGUUUCUUGCACGUCAAAUGGUUGUUUGCCAAAAGGACCGUCCUCAUUUCUCACAAGUGACAUGCUAGUCAGCUUUCAUAUCAUUUUCAUUGUUGACUCAUCAACUCACAUCACUUGCACAAACCAACAAAUGGUCAUUAAUAAACCCAUGAAUCCAACCUCAUCGGGAUUAUUUGGGAUAAACUAUAAGAGUAGUGGUUUCGUAGACAUGGAUGGAUGAAUGUUGCCCAAAGGUAUUUGCACCAGCCAAGCUUAGAGCUAGCGAUGUUACCCGACUUCACCAGAAAGGGCUGGAUGGUAAAGACGUGGAAAUGGACUUGAUUCCAAAAUCGUAUCAUUUGAUGCUAACUAGAAGCUUGAAAUCUUGUUAAAAACCAACCAAAAAUGUUAUUUUAGUCUCCAUGAGUAAGUUGUAACUGUAUUUAAUACAAAAGUGGUUGCACA